AUCUUGUGUCACCAUCUAUGAUGUACUCAUCACUUUGUCUGUAUAAAAGCGAGUACUGCACAAUCACUGAGUAUCACGAAGCAUCGUUGCCGCUGUACGACACAAACAUGCAAAUCUUCGCCCUCUCCGCGAUACUGCUCCUUCUCGGUGCCAGCUCAGUUGAAGCCGCCAGAAUAGAGAAACGUGUGACAUGCGACAUUCUGGCUCAACUGAACAUAGGGGGUAAUUCCAUUGGCAGCGCCGCCUGUGCUGCUCAUUGUUUGUUGAAAGGCUACAGUGGAGGCUACUGUAACAGCCGGAAUGUCUGUGUCUGUCGUUAGACACAAACAUGCACAUGUACGUUAAAACGUAAUAAAACAUGUGGUUACAUUAA